UAAAAAUUAGAAAAAGAAGAAGAGCUUGUACCAAAAUAGCAGUUGAGUAAUCCUCCGUUGUGCAUGCUUAGCUUGCACGUUGAAGCAUUCAACGAUGGAACUGAGGCCUCUCAGCUCGAUCAUCACUUUGCCAACAACUGAGGAGGCUGGCAUCUUCGAUCCGCUCCAUGCAUGCAUGGAAGAAGAAGAAGACGAUGUCUCCAUGCAUGCAUGCAUGCACCUCCGAUCUAUCGAUACAUGAAAACCUUUCUAGUCAUCUUGAAUAAAUAGCGAGCCUUCCUCCCAACCUCUCCCUUGCCUCUUCGAUCUGCAUCUUCAAUUCGUCGUCUUCUCUCUCUUAAUUAUAUAUAUAAUUUCUCUCUCUUUAUACAUAUAUACAUAUAUAGACCUCUCUGGGAGCUAAGAGAAAGAGAAGUCGAUCAAUUCCAUCGCUCGAAACGUAUCGAGACAGAAAUAACAACUGCAAGGCCUUAAUAUAUAUCAUCAGCGACAAUGGGGAUGCGUGGUGAUAGUGUCUUCACGACGUCGCUCUGCCUCGCCAUCCUCCUCUUGCGCAGCAUUGCACCGGCACAGGCGGCGGAGUUGGAAUCUGCGCCGACGGAGGAGUGCGCGAACCCGGUGAGCGUGGAGGUGGCGUGCCGUGGCGCGUCGGAGACGCACGCCGCCGUGGCCUACGAGCACUGCGUGGCGUCGCUGGCGGGCGACCCGCGCAGCAAGGAGGCCGGCAACAUGCACGGCCUGGCCGUGCUCGCUACCAAGCUCGCCAUCGACCACGCCGCCAGCACCGAGUCCAAGAUCGACGACCUCUCCGAGCUGGAGGACUCGCCGCACGCGCGCGCGCGCUUCAACCACUGCCUCGAGCAGUACGGCGGCGCCACCGACCUCCUCCGCGACGCCCUCGACAACCUCCAGGCGCACAUCUACGGCAAGGCCAUCGAGCAGCUCGCCGCCGCGCUCGGCGCCUCCGAGAGCUGCGAGGACGCCUGGAAGGGCGAGGAGCACGUCCCCGUCGCCGGCCACGACAGGGAGUACGGCCGGAUGGCGCACAUCGCCCUCGGACUCACCCACGCCGCCGCAUGAUCCAUCAUCCAUCAACUCCGAUCCCGAUCGACACGCACGACCCAGAUCGGUCUAUCCAUCGAUACAUAUCCUUGAUCUCUUCUUGAUCAUCUGGUGUUUCUUCCAUGUUUUGAUUUGAGUUCUGUACGCUAGGGGGUGUUGUGUUGCUUGAAUUAAUUUCAAAACAUGCAUUCCAGCAAUAUUAUUAGUUGUAGUCCAUUUGUGUUUUUCUUUUUUGUGUGCUGUGCUAUUGAUUAAAUGUUGUAGGGCUUCAUCAGAUGAAGAGAAAAGGAAGGAA